CGGCAGACGUAGUUACUUGGCACACAGUCUCUUGCGAUCACUGCUCGUGAAAGUAUCUAACUUAAAAUUGUUGCAAUUUUUGUUCUCAAAUAUCAAUUUUGUUUGCCUACGACGCGUAUUAAUACACACAUUUUAUAAAUAAAUUACUGUGCUAAUUGACGCACCAACCAAUAAGACGCAAUGGCAUUGAAGAUAGCCUUAAUUGCAUUAUUAAGUGUGGCCACAAGUAGUGCGCUGAGUCUGGAAGGAUUCAAAUGUAGGGAUCACAACGUAAUGACUGGCGAUCCUGUGACGCCAAUACGUACGGUACGUAUCUGUGGUGUGCAGGAUUAUGCGGCGCCGCCAAGCUAUUUGGAUUUUCAAAAGAUAAUGGAAAUUGAGCAGAAAGCACGGGACAACUACGCCACUAAUUCAUAUGGCAGCAACGGCUUUUGGCGCAAUCGUGGUCUUCUAAGGUCACCUAGGCCAUCGUACGCGCGUUGGCCAUUGGCUCCACAGCAAACGAACAACGAAAGCGAGGAGCUACUUUCAACACUUAUCAAAAGUUUAGCAGUAGCGCCUGCUACUUAUGGAGCAGCCAGAAAUAACCCUACGAACUCACGUGAUCUAAUGGAAGCAGAGCGCUUGCUGCAAGAGAAGCUGCGUUCAAUUACCGAAGAUACAAGUGAGAUAAAGAGUUCGGUGAAUAAAGUUGACACUAAUAUUAAGAAUAUACUCGACACUUUGCUAAUGCAAAACGCGAAUCAGCAAAAGGAUAUGAAUGUUAAUAUAAAUUUGAAGCUGGAUCCUGCCUUCGAAGCAUUAUUAAGAGACUUCAUGGCACUAUUCAAAAACGAAGUGAUUAGCGAAGGCAAUGAAGAGUCAACCUCAACUGCGCGCAUACAAGGUAGCAGUGAUGAGAGCUCGGAUGAUUAUGCCAGCUUUUUCUCAACAGCAUAUACAAACGAAAAUAUGAGUUCGGAGGAGCAAGUAACCGAAGCACAAGUUGACAGUGCAGAACUUUCGACCGAACGAGAUGCCACAGAGGAAAUUGAAGAUAUUAAUAGUUGGCUGCGUCUACAUUUCGGACCGAUUGUAAAGACGCCGACAUACGACGAAGAUACAGAUAAUAGCGAACAGGAAAACGAAACAGAGAAACCGGAAGAAAGUUUUGAAUCAUGGUUCAAUGCUAAUUAUCGGAGACUACAUACAACUGAAGCACCAACGGAUUACAAUAGUUUGGAUGAACAGACAUAUAAUUCUCAAGGAAGUCAGGAGCAUGUUCAAAAAGGAAGUGAAGAGAAUAAUAAUCGAUACAUAGAUAUAUAUUCUGAUAAUGAGUUGGACGAUAUAAUAAAAUCUUCCGAAGAAAAUACUGUAAGCGAAGAAACUACAGAGAGCAGUGAAGAGGCCGACAAUAAUAAUUAUGAUGCUGUAUUUGUGCCAACAACAAUGAAUUCUCUAGAAUCAAGCGAAAUAGUUGAACAAUUGGAAAAUGGCGACACAUAUAACUAUGCAACGGCAACUGAUGAACAAAUGAAAACGCAACAAAAAACUCUAUGUGUUAUGAUGGCUUUUCAGUCUAGCAGUAAUGAUUUAGAUCUUCUCAGAGAGAAUCUUGAUAAAUGUAGUACAGAACAUCAAAAGUUUAUAGUAAUUGGUGAUGCAACUGAUGCGAAUGAAUCGAAGAGCAGUGAGGAAACUGAAACCCCACUAAAUGAUUCGAAUGAAUCUAAGAGUAGUGAGGAAACUGAAACACCCAUAGGUGUAUCGAACGAAUCGAAGAGUAGUGAAGAAACAGGAAAUUUUGUAACGGAAUCGAACGAAUCGAAGAGUAGUGAGGAAACUGAAACACCCAUUGGUGUAUCGAACGAAUCAAAGAGUAGUGAAGAAAGAGUAAAUUUUGUAACGGAAUCGAACGAAUCGAAGAGUAGUGAGGAAACUGAAAACCCCAUUGUGGAUUGGUAUAUGUAUGACGAUGAUUAUAAUACAAUAGAUUAAUAUGUAUUAAAAUAUAAAAUGUUAAUUUUUAAUCAUUGUAAUGUUUAAAAGCAAAAUUAAAUUAUGAAAUAAAAAUUAUGAUUCCGAGCAA